AUGAGAUACGCUUACACCGGCUUCGCAGCCAUGGGCUUGAUGGGCUGCGCCCUCGCCCUCCCCCAGGGAAUUCCCCAAGGUCCCCCCGGCCCUCCCCCGGCUGAUGGACCUACUCCCACUGGACCGCCUCCCACCGAUGCCCCCAAGCCAACUGGCGAGGUCGAGCAGCGCGACUUCAACCUCCCCAUCCCGGUGUUCAGCGGCAUUGACCACUUGCCCUACACCAUCACUCCUCCCAGCGGCAACGAGAAGCGUGAGGAGCCAACUGGCGUCCCUGACGGACCGCCUCCUCCUCCCCCCACUGGACUUCCCAAAAACUCCGACCCUGCUGAAUCAGAGAACGAGAAGCGCAGCCUGGACCUUCCGUUCCCAAUUCCUUCCGACUUGCCUUUCAAGCUGCCAACGGGUCUUCCAACUGACCUUCCGUUCCACCUUCCCACUGGACUUCCCUUGAAGCGGGAUGAGGACCUCAGUCUUCCUACUGAUCUCCCAUUCCCUAUUCCCUCGGAGUUGCCUAAGCUGCCAACCGGUCUACCCAAGGACCUUCCAUUCCACCUUCCCACUGGACUUCCAUUGAAGCGCGACGAGGAUCUCAGCCUGCCAACUGAUCUCCCAUUUCCGAUUCCGUCCGACCUCCCAUUCAAGCUGCCAACGGGUCUUCCAACUGACGUUCCGUUCCACCUUCCCACUGGACUUCCCUUGAAGCGGGAUGAGGACCUCAGUCUUCCUACUGAUCUUCCAUUCCCCAUUCCCUCGGAGUUGCCUAAGCUGCCAACCGGUCUCCCAACAGACCUCCCAUUCCACCUUCCCACUGGACUUCCCCUAAAGCGUGACGAGGAUCUCAGUAUCCCCACUGACCUCCCCUUCUCGAUUCCCACCGGCCUGCCAACCGAUCUCCCCUUCCCGAUCCCCACUGGUCUGCCCAACCUCCCCCUCCCCCACCUCGGAGAGCACGGAGGCAAGGGUGAGGGACAGAACGGAGACCAAGAGAAGCCUACACCAACCGCUCCUCUUGCUGGUGCCCCCAGUGGCUUCGAGAAGCGCGCUCUGAGCGACCUUCCUUUCGACCUCCCCACUGAUCUUCCCUUCCAUCUGCCCACCGACCUCCCCUUCCACCUCCCUACCGGUCUCCCCAAGCUUCCCAAGCGUGAGGAAUUCGACGGCCGCCAGCUCCCCGCCAUCACACCUCCUGCCUUCCCUGACCACCUUCCCACAAACCUGCCAACUUCUUCCGAGUAA